CUUCAUCAGGUGUUCUGACUGUGUGCUUAACUCUAGCUGUACAAUAGUGUCCGAAUAACCAGUGUCAUGGUUGCUUAUAAAAUUUAGUAGUUGUAACUGGCAACGCGUUGCGGCAGGUAUACAAAGAGCGCAAGUUUGAAGCCGACGCGAACUUCUCGGAAAAAAAAAAAAAAAAAAAAACUUACUUGAUAACGCUGUACUGAGACGCAUUGGAGGUCGUAACCGGUAACAGCGGACAGAGACAGUUGAGAUACGGUGAAGUGAUGGCGGAGGAGCAGGAUGUCGACAUGCCCAGUGCGUUGUCGGCCGCAGCGCAGUCAGAAAGCGUGGACGACUUCGCCUUCGAGCUUCCGGCCGAGCUACUCGACGUCUCUUUUGUACUGCCGGAUGAGCCCAAACCGACUCCUGCCGAAGAUCCUGAGCCACCCCCCAAGCCAAAGAAGCCACGAAAGAAAAAAAGCAAGAACCGACCUGCCAUGCCUGUGCUGCGUUCGAGCCGUGGUCGGGACUUGAAGACCACCGCGCGGUACAGCAAUGCAAAAUUCAAGGCCGAUGAGAAGCCGUGGACAGUACCUGAACGUAAACGCCUGCUGGCUGCACUGAAGGCGCAUGGAAGCAGUGACAUCAACAAGCUGUCCGAGGCUGUUCGCACGCGAAGUGUUGCUGCUGUCAGCCACUUCUUGUUGGAGCGUCGGCGCUUGAAGGAUCGCAUCGUGCUCCAGGGCCCAGCUGGCAACAGGGCCGCAUACGCGACACGCAUCUUACGCAGAGCUCUGAAUGUGGUACGGCGCCGCUAUGAUCGCUCGAAAUUGCUCCCACAGGUAGUGGCUGCUUGUGAGCGGCAGCCGUUUCCGGAGCCCACGGAGGACUCCACCGGAGAGCUGCCCCAGUUUGAGGAUCUCUACCAGAUGAUCCGUGAGGUGAUGGAAAACCACGUACCAGCUGCCUUGGGAGACUGCGAGCUCUGGCUGAUGCAUCGUCUGCUGUGGACCAUAGGCAACAUGAUGAAGACCCUCGACCUAGAUGCUUCGAAGGAGGCCCUGUACCAGGCUCUCCGCUGGGCUGCUGCACAGCCUGCAGAUGGCUACUCGAAGCCUGCUGGCCAGAAUGAGGAGCAGUGCCAGGGUUUGCCAUCCGAGGACACUAUGCGGCGUUACCUCAACUUCCCCACCAUAAAGGAGCGCAAGGACGGCCUGCGGUCUUCGUGGAACCCGCUCCGGAUGCCCACAAACGUCAUCCAAGCUCCGUGGGCGGCGAUCCAGGAGUACCUAGCCCAGAACGCCUCCCGUCGGGAAUGCGUCAACAGUUUGCUUCCAACGGAGGAAAUUCCGUCAACUUCCUCUGCCACUGCUGCCAUGGCCGCUCGCAAGAAGACGGAUUUGCAGUCUUUGGAGUCAUUCCAUAUUUGGAAGAACUGAUCUAGCUGCAUUCCAAGAGGCCAGUGAUUGCAAGCGUGACGUGUGGCCGUUACCACAUAUGCGUUGUGCUCCUGGACAUGACUAUCACAAGAAGUGUUAAACAAGGAAAGUGAGUGAACUGCGUGGCUUUUGUGUUGUGUGAGCUAGGUCACAAAACCAAUAAAAAUAUUGUGUUAUUUGGUGGCAUUUC